AUUACACUCUCUCUCUCCCUUUCUCUCUUUCCUUUUAUUUUCUUUGAAAUCCACACGGCUCCCCUCUCCACACGUCAUUCGGAUGUGAUCUCCCUCUCCUGCGUCUCCGCCGGCACUCUCAAGAAAACCUUAAAGAAAGAAAGGAAGGACGGGAGCACAAGGAACAUAGAAAACAAGGAGCCUUCUCUGUUACGGUUCUUGGAUUGGAGACGGAUCGGACCCGUUCCGGAGGCGUUGGGAAGUGGGAUCUGAAGUUUUCGAUCUCGAUCCAUUUCGGCCUUCAUCCAAUCUCGCGCGCCAUCGGAAAUCCCGCGCCCUCGAUCGGAUUGCAUCUCCAAUCCCUAGGUCCGAUCGUAAAAUCAAGCCCCGAGGCAUCGUGCGCACGAGCGGUCUCGAUCGGAGCUCAGAUCGCAUAGGAUUUGAUUCGGGUUGGAUUUCUUUUGAUGGUAUCCAAAUUGACAGCAAUGGUUGAUUGCCGGAGCUUGAUCGAGUUCUGCAGAACUUUCGAGCAGCACCGCAACAUGGCCAACUCCCAGGCUUCGUCGGAGCGCCGGAGCAGCCAGCCCCGAAACCGGAGGAGCAAGUCCUUGAACCCUCUGUCCCAUCCCUUCUGCGAGCACUCCCCCUUCGCCGCUAUUGAUGUCGUGAUGCUCUUUCUGGUGCUCGGCGCGCUCGCUGUUCUGACUGUCCCUUACUUCAAGUUCAUCUUUCAUGAAGCCGCUGAGCUCCUCCCUGUGGCCGUAGAACUGAUGGGUGAUGUUCUCUACCAAGCCCCUGUUGCUUAUGCUGCUGGUUUUGUUCUCAUGUUCAUCACUGGGAUUGCUGCGUGGGAGUACAUCAGUCAUCAGGCUAGGAAAUGCGGCAAUCCUUACUGCAAAGGCCUGCGUAAAGCUGUUGCAUUCGAUAUCCAGCUUGAGUCGGAGGAGUGCGUGAAGUGCCUGCCACCGGUGCCGAAGGAUGCGUUUGGGACUCGUCCCCUGGAACUAGGGGAGGACCACAAAGAACUUGAAGCUGAGCUCAAGAAGAUGGCUCCGCCGAAUGGCCGAACAGUUCUCAUCUGUCGCUCCCCCUGUGGAUGCCCUGCAGGAAGGAUGGAAGUCUGGGGACCGAAGAAAGUACGCAGGAUCAAGAAGUAGGCAGGCAUGCCUUCUCUGUUGCUAGUUAUAAUGUUCUUUUAUAGGAAUAAACUAGAAAUACCCGACAAUGAAAUAGUACCUUGAUCCAUGUUCAAAUAAGUGCAUUUGGUAUACUAAGAGGGCUGGCACAUGUAGAAUCCUGAAUAACCUUAAUGCUCUUGAACUAGUUCUAUCUUAAUUCUAAUAUUACAAAGUUUAAGACAUCAUUUUUGAAAA